UUGUUUUGAUCUGUCAAAAAUCAGGUGACUGUGCUAAGCUAGUUAUUCCACACAAGAGAUGGUGUCACAUCAAACUAUUCAUGUAAAACGUUUGAUUUUUGACAAACACGAAGGUAUUUUCGUGGAGUGGUUUUGAUUCCGUUUUAAAGUGUUGUUUUUAUAGUGCGUUAUUCAGCUAGCUGUUAGCUUACAAGCUAAUGUUGUUUAACAUUUAAACUAACUUAACAAUAGCUGACAGUGUAGUGGCAGCUAGCUAGUAGGUUGAAGGAAGGGCGGAUGUAUGUAACUAUAUACUUUCAAGUGUUUCAAAUAGCUCUGUAGAUUAAGUUAUGCUAUAAAUUGCGUGUAUAUCUGUGACGUUACACUCCCUAAUUAGAUUUCAAGCUAGCCGUAAACACCCUUCUUUAUCCGCUAGCUGCCCAGUCGACUAUGUGAAGAAAUACUUCAAAUGGCUUUAACACUAGACAGAUAAAAGCGAUGAAGCCUGAACAUCAGCACCCUGUCAUGGCUGAGCACGGACAGCUGAGCCCGAUGGGAGGACGCGCUGACUCGUCAGGCCGCCUGGGCCGACAGACCUACAAGAGUUCAGCCCACUUCCGCAGCCUGCAGGACGGCCUGCUGGCUCUCAGGCAGGGGGGCAUCCUGUUCGAUGUGGUGCUGCUGGUGGAGGGUCGGCCCAUCCAAGCCCAUCGGAUACUUCUGGCAGCCUCUUGCGAUUACUUUAGGGGGAUGUUUGCUGGAGGCCUUCGGGAGACGCAGCAAAAGGAGAUCCCAAUUCACGGAGUGUCUUUCAUGGCCAUGACAAAAAUACUUGACUACAUCUACACUUCUGAGAUUGAGUUAGACCUGGAGUGUGUGCAGGAAGUCCUGAUCGCUGCCACACUAGUGCAGCUUGAGGUUGUCACCGGUUUCUGCUGCGAUUUCCUUUUCUCCUGGCUGGACGAGAGCAACAUUUUAGAUGUCCGCAAUCUCGCUGAUCUCUACGGACUGCAGCAACUUAAUGCCAGGAUCCACUCCUACAUGCUCAGGAACAUCCAGGCUUUGUCUCGCACCGACGUGUACCGACAACUCCCCCAAGACGAAGUGUUCAGCGCGCUGAGCAGCGACAAGCUUCAGGUGAACAGCGAGAACGAGGCGUACGAGGCGGCUCUUCACUUCCACUACAGUCCUCUGCAGGUGGAAACUGACCAGGUGUACUUGCAGGUCAGUCCUAAGGACAAUCUGAAGAUGCUGGACGCUGUGCGUUUCUGCCUGAUUGAGAAACAAGUGCUGCAGAGGCUGUACGGCAGACUGAACCAGUGUCCCCUCAAGGACUCUGUGUCGGCCGCCCUGCGGUACCAUGAGCAGGAGAUCUGGCAGCCCGUGCUGCAGAGUCCUCUCACCCAGCCACGCUCCACCUUCCACUGCAUAUUGGGCUUUGGGGGGAUGUUCCCCUCCACCUCCCUCACCGACGCCGAGCAUUUGUUUCAGGUGUUCCACCCGAGCUGGGGGGAGUGGAGGACUCUCGCUUCUGCACACACCCCCCGAAUGUCCAACCAGGGCAUCGCUGUGCUCAACAACUUUGUUUAUCUGAUUGGAGGAGACAAGAACUCCAGUGGAUUUCGUGCAGAGACCCGCUGCUGGAGGUACGACCCGCGUCACAACAGCUGGUGCGCCAUCCAGCCUCUGCAGCAGCAGCACGCUGACCACUGUGUGUGUGUCAUGGGCGGCCAUAUUUAUGCCAUUGGAGGACGAGACUACAGCCAUGAACUGGACUCAGUGGAGCGCUAUGACCCGCACACCAACCUGUGGGAAUUUGUAUCCCCCCUAAAGAGAGAGGUUUUCGCCCACGCCGGAGCAGUGUUGGAUGGGAAAAUGUAUACAACGUGCGGGCGCAGAGGAUUGGCGUACCUCAAAGAGACCUACUGUUAUGACCCUGUGGCCAAUCACUGGUCAGCGUGUGCCGAGGGGCCGGUGGAGCGCGCCUGGCACGGCAUGACUGCCGUUAAAGGACGCGUUUAUGUCAUUGGUGGAAGCAAUGAUGAGCGUGGAUAUCGGCGCGAUGUCCUGAAGGUGGCAUGCUUUGACCCUGAGGCCAACACUUGGUGUUCGCUGGCCCCCCUCCCCGCGGGACACGGAGAACCCGGCAUAGCUGUGCUGGACAGUCGCAUCUACGUCCUGGGUGGACGUUCCCACGACAAAGGCAACAGGAUGAAAUACAAUCACGUGUACAACGCGGACGUGGACGAGUGGGAGAACGAGACGGAGUUCAAGGAGCGUGUGUCCGGCCUGGCGGCCUGCGUGGUGCUCGUGCCCCCCGCUGUCAUCGCCCAGGCCAGGAGCUGGGAGCAGCGCACCAAGGCUUCGUGGGAAGACGUGGACAUCGACAACUCGGAGGACUCUAGUGAGGAUUAAAGCCGCUGUGUUGCACUGAAUGUCUGAGCACUGGAGACUCUUAUGCACUUUUUCUUACACAGCAUGUUGAAGUACCCGUGGGGUCUUCUGACGUGUGUCCUUCUUGCACGUCGACCACUUUGAGUGCCUCUGAACCAAAGUGUCAUUCGGAGCCUUUGCACACUUUUCUUAGCUGUUCUUAGAUAAUCAUUGUCCACCUGCUAACCUGCUACUGAACAUUAGCUGCCUGUGCAUUGUAGACAGAACCUCUGUCUUCACGUGACAGAAAGCAGUGGAGACGACUGUGUGUGCAGCACCAUGGUGGUGCGCAGCACUCGCAGCAGCACCCCUCGUGUCUGUCUGAAUUUCCGACACAGGAUGAAAGGAGGUUAAUACUUCUGAGACUUACGGGCGGUGGUUACCUUUUUAAGCGAAAUCUUUAAUUUCUGAGAAUUAAAGAAGAUUUCUAAUUUGAUUCUUAUCGUCAGCCUAGCACUGGGCUUUACCUUGGAGUUAGCUUCUCAUCCAAAGUACUGAGUCGUCAUUAAGUCGUGACACGUUGAACUGUGUGCCUUGUGUUUGUGGUGACAUCCUGCGUGAAGUUUGUAUCUUGCAGAUCAUUCAGUGGAUGGACAUGAGCCAUGUGCCUCUGACGUCACAAUUUGUUUUGAAUGAUUUGUGUUUGUACCUGAAUGAUGAGGCGCUGGAGCUACAGGUUGUAGACCCCCCCCACAUGCUGCCAUGUCUGGAAAGGAUUUAUGAAGUCUUGAUUUUUGUGUGAAACCAAACAACUGGUUUCAUUUGUUACUGGUACUUUCAUGGAUCUUUCAUACGGCAUACGUUACUUCGUUACUGAAUCCAAAGAGCACAAUGAGGAGCAGUUUGAGAUUAUUAUUAUUAUUAUUAUUAUUAUUCGCUGAGCUGAGCCGAGCUUUGCUCCGGGCUUCUGCUCGUUGCCUCACAUCAUUGUUACGUUGUUUAAUACGAGCAUUUCAGAAGCUCAACGACUCCGGCUCCGAUGCAUCUGUCGUUGAAGAACGAUGUAUUGGAGCUCGCUGUCACACAACAUAUGCAAAGUUAGUAUUCUAUUCAUGACGUACCUUUUGAGAUGUAAUAAAGAUAGUAAUAUAUCACC